AUGUCACCAAGCCAGAAAGGUCAUUUCAAGCUCCUCCAAAGGUUCAAGCCGGACUAUUCGCCCAGCGAGUUUGUUCAGUAUGAAUCGACGAGGACUGGUAUGAGGGUCGUGGUCAUCGACCAGAAAGGCCCUAAAGUUACGGGAUACUUUGUUCUAGCGACUGAGAUCCACGAUGACUCAGGAGCUCCUCACACCUUGGAGCACUUGUGUUUUAUGGGAUCACGGAAUUACAGAUACAAAGGGUUUCUUGAUAAGCUCGCAACUCGAGUGUAUUCUAGCACUAACGCUUGGACUGCUACUGAUCACACCGCAUACACGCUGGACACAGCGGGCUGGGAGGGUUUCGCUCAGAUCUUGCCUGUGUACCUAGAGCAUGUCAUUGCUCCAACCCUGACUGAUGAAGGGUGCUAUACUGAGGUCCACCACAUCGAUGGGACUGGAAACGAUGCAGGUGUGGUUUACUCAGAGAUGCAGGGUGUACAAAACAAUUCCGCAGAGCUGAUCGACUUGACUGCUCGUCGGUUGACUUACCCUGAGGGUGUAGGUUUUCGCUACGAAACCGGGGGUAUGAUGGGCCAGCUUCGCGUGCUCACUGCGGAUCGUAUCCGAGCAUUUCAUCGUGAGAUGUAUCAGCCUAAAAACCUGUGUCUGAUCAUCACAGGUGAGGUAGAUCAUGAGAACAUGUUGAGUGUCUUGGACAAGUUCGAAGAUACCAUUCUAGAUGUCAUCCCUAGCCCAGAUGCGUCAUUCACACGCCCUUGGGUGGAUUCUAAGCAGGCACCUCCCUUGGAAAAAUCCAUCGUACAGAGAGUCGAGUUUCCGGAAGAGGACGAGUCUUUUGGCGAGAUCGAGAUCAGAUUUCUUGGACCUGACGGCACAGACCCAGUUCAAACUGGGGCUGUCAACGUUGCCUUGUUAUAUCUGGCGGGAUCAUCUGCUUCACUGUUGGACAACAUCUUGGUAGAGAAGGAGCAGCUCGCCAGCGCAGUCUAUUAUGCCACCGAGGAUCACCCCAGCAUCGAAAUUCGCUUCACUUUGACUAGUGUAGAAACGAAGAAGAUCGCUCGGGUGGAGCAGCGUUUCUUCGAGGUCCUCAAGGAUGCGAUGGAGAAAGAACUCGACAUGAAGUACCUCAGGGAAUGCAUCGACCGACAACGACGGACAUGGAAGUUCUCGACGGAAACGUCAGCUUCUUCCUUCGCGGAAUACGUGAUCUCUGACUUCCUUUUUGGGAAACGGGACGGGUCCACCAUGUUGGACGUUGCAUCUCUGAAGGAAUAUGACGUGCUGGAGAAGUGGAGCGAAGGCGAAUGGCGCAGCUUCAUCAAAAGAUGGAUAUCCGAUGCGAAUCAUGUCACGAUCUUGGGCGUCCCAUCCAUGAAGAUGUCCGAGACACUUAAGAAGGAAGAAGAAGCCCGAGUGGCGGAGCAGAAGAAGCGGCUGGGUGAAGAGGGCUUGAAGAAGCUCGCCGAGAAGCUUGAAAAAGCCAAGGCUGAGAACGACAAAGAGAUACCAAAAGAGAUGCUGGAGAAAUUCCAGAUUCCGGGUGUGGAAUCCAUUCAUUUUGUCGAGACGACAACUGCGCGGUCUGGUACUGCCCUGAAAUUGGGCCGCCCCGACAACAAGCCCCAAAGCCUGGUGGAUGCUGAUGGCUCUGACCUGCCCUUGUUCAUUCACUUUGAGCACAUACCAAGCAGCUUUGUUCAGCUAUCCCUACUUAUCUCAGCAGCAGCCGUUCCUGUGCAGCUUCGCCCUCUUCUAUCUGUAUACACGGAAGCAUUCUUUAACCUGCCAAUCCAGCGUGAUGGAAAGACCAUCGAUUUCGAACAGGUUGUUGUUGAGUUGGAAAGAGAUACAGUUGGGUACUCUAUGGAAGGCGCCAGGAGCCUGGGAUCUUCCGAGAUGCUGCGUAUCUCUUUCCAGGUGGAACUGGAGAAGUAUAGCACCGCAAUCGCGUGGCUUCAAGAGCUUUCUUGGAACUCAAUAUUCGACGUCGAAAGACUACGCGCAAUCACCAAACGCCUCCUCGCCGAUGUACCGGACUCGAAGCGAAGCGGUGACGACAUGCUGGCGGCAGUCCAUGUCAUGGUACACUAUGCGGCCGAGUCGAUUGUGCGAGCCCGCAGCACUCUGGUCAAGGCUCGUUAUCUGAAGCGGAUCAAGAAGCAAUUGGCCGACGAGCCGGAGUCUGUCGUUGCACGCAUGGAAGAGAUUCGUCAGGCUCUCUUUCGGUUCGAAAACAUGCGGGUUGUGGUUAUUGCCGAUCUGGAGAAGCUGCAAAAUCCUGUCUCGGCCUGGAAGCCAUAUGUUGAACGGUUGGGAGCUGUCGCUCCUCUGCGACCCAUCACAGCCAGACGUCCAUUACUUAGCGAGGCUGGCCAGCAUCUUGGAGGCAAGUCAUAUGUGGUACCCAUGCCGACCAUCGAUUCCUCCUUUGCUUACGCCACGUCUCGGGGUUUGGACUCCUACGACGACCCGAACCUGCCGGCCCUGCUGGUUGCAAUCGCGUACAUGAAUGCUGUCGAAGGCCCCCUCUGGGUUGCAGUCCGUGGCAAGGGAUUGGCGUACGGUACGAACUUCGCCUACAACAUUGACACCGGAUUCGUCAACUUCGAUGUGUACCGCUCACCGAAUGCACACAAGGCCUUCGAUUCGAGCAAGCAGAUCGUCGAGGACCACCUCUCCGGGGCCAUCGCGUUUGAUCCCUUGAUGAUGGAGGGUGCGAUCAGCAGCAUUGUGGUCAGCUUUGCCAACGAACAGGCCACUAUUGCCAACGCUGCGUCGGACAGCUUCAUCCGUCAGGUCGUCCGUCGCCUACCCAGCGAUUACAAGGAGAACAUGCUCAAACGCGUGCGCGCCAUCACUGUCGAGGAGGUCAAGGGUGCUUUAAGGAAGACUAUCCUGCCCCUGUUCAACCCUCAGACGGCUAACAUUGUCAUCACCUGCGCUACUGUGAUGGAAGAGACAAUCAAGGAAGGCCUACAAGCUUCCGGCUUCACUCCCAAGGUGCAAGCUCUCAAGGAAUUUGAGGACGACUACGGACUCAAAACCGGCGAUGACAAUGAUGAUGAGGAGUCGGAUGACGAGGAUUCCUCUGAUGACGAUGACGACGACUCGGAAAGCGGAUCCGAAGACGAGGAAGACUCCGAAGAGGAAGACUCCGGCUCCGAUGAGGAGUGA